CUGUACGCGCUGCAGCAGCUGCGCCGGCGCAACCCACCGCCGCGCGCGCAAUACCGAGCAACCUUCGGAAGGAACCGCACGUACACUGCUGAUCUCCAAUUAUACUAAAUCUUAAUACUUAAUCUGUUCAGUCAUACAAAAUGAAGAGCCUAUUGUUCGUUGUGGCGGCGGCUUGCUGUGGAUUAGUUUCAGGCCAAGAAUUCAACUGCCCAGAGAAGAACGGCUUCUACCCGGACCAGUACCAAUGUGACCUUUACUACAAAUGCACUAAAGGCAAAGCAGAGACAAAACUGUGCCCUGAUGGUCUGGUGUUCUCUGAUGAGAACCCCAACAAGGAACGAUGCGACAUCCCUAGCAAUGUCGACUGCGGGGACAGGAAAGAACUUCAGGAGCCCAAACCAUCAAAAGGAUGCCCACGACAGAACGGUUACUUCAAACACCCCGACCCACAGGCUUGUGACAAGUUCUACUAUUGCUCGGAUGGCUUGCCGAAUGAGCACCCGUGCCCACCCGGCCUGAUCUUCGACGAGGAGACGUCCAACUGCGACUGGAAGGACGUCGUGCAGCGCGACUGUGACCACCCCACCAAGGACAUCCUGGACGACGGGUUCUCCUGCCCCGACGGCGAGGUGAUGGGCCCCAACGGCCGCGCGUUACCCCACCCUACCUUCCCCCACCCCGAGGACUGCCAGAAGUUCUACAUCUGCCGCAACGGAGUCCAGCCACAGAAGGGAAGCUGUCCCUCAGGGAAGGUGUACAAUGAAGAUACUUUCAUGUGCGACGACCCUGAGAAAGUUCAGGGAUGUGAAAACUUCUACGAGGGUCAACCAUUGGAGAAGAGCAAGGUCCCUAAGAAGGCGUAAAGAAUGUAAUAUUAAUAUUUAUAAUUAUAUAUAGCUUUGUAAUAAGUACACUUUAAUAUUAAUUA